ACAAAUGACGACUCCUGGUCACCAUCCAUGCUAGUGAGUCAUACAUGAUUUGACUGCCUAAGAGAAUACGUCAUCUGGACGAAAUCGAACCUGUAUGCCACCCUCUAGCACGUAUGAACCCUUCGAUGCCAGCGCGCCAUCUUUUACUGAUUCAACGAUCUCAAGUUUCGGUUCCCAGUCCUCCAUGUAUUCUCUACAACAGAAGCUCAACCCUCAAGAUCUCCUGGGCGGGUCAGUUGAUGGAGUGGGCACUCUCGGCACCUCUUUAUGGAGAAAGUCCUUGAAACGCUUCAUUGAGGAUGAGGAUGAGGAGGAGGAUGAGGAGGGGGAGGAGGAGGAGGGAGAGGAGGAGGUCCAUCCAUGGAACACAAGCCAACAGCAGGGUGCAACUCUUGAGACUCCAUUCCUCAGAUUAUGGGACGAACAUUCCGGAAGUCAGCCCAAAGACAACCAUAUGAAAGCAAGAGCAACACGGCAACGUCUUAACACCAGAGCCUCCCGUAAGGAAUCUUUGUCUCUACAUCUGAAGCACGAUACACGGACACCAACUCCUUACAUCUCAUUUACAGUCUCACCAUCGGCAAUACGUGGUCUAGCCCCAAGAAGAACUGAAAAACGAGGGCCACAAAAGCUGAUUGUUGUCGAUCCAAUCGCUCGCAAGAGAAAUCGAAUGCCUUUUCUGCACGUCCUCGAUGAAAUGGACUAUUAUGAUAUACCCGACCCUUAUAAUCAGCGUAACCGUUACUAUCGAGACCAUUACAUAUGUCUCUGGGAGGUUACCCCUGACGAGGUCGUUGGGCAGUGGGAUUAUGAUGACCUCUUGAGCACUAGUGAGGAUUGGUACGAGGACAUUAUUCUGCCUGCUGUUGAGAAUUUCAGGCAAAAGACUACAGCCUCAGAUGCUGAGGAGCUGGCUAAUCUGCUUGGAGGAGUUUCAUUGGCGAACAAACCCAAGGCUCUCCAAUCUUCUAGCAAACCCAACAAGGCUGUAUCGGUCGAGAGUGCUGCUUUGAACGAUCAUGUGUCUAAAAAGGGGGCAGUUCUAGGUUCUGCUUCUGAGAAAGCUUCAACAAGAAAUGCAACGACAGGCAAGGCUAGGCCAAAGAAAGCUACACCGAAAGAGCCUUCGUCAAGCGAGACAGUUUCAGACAAACAUAAGCCAAAGAUCAAGCCAGUGAGACUCGCGUUCAUCGAAGAUGAAUAAAUUGGAUCUCCUUUUACGGGGACCAUCUCAGAUGAAGAAACGCUAGGGAAGUAUGCUUCAAACGACUCUAACGACCAGUGACGGAGUCCCACGCAGUGGACAGUGCUAUGGAAAGCUUGAAUAUGACUGUGAUCGAGUUUCCUCUUAUACAGGCAACGGGAUAUUGCAGUUAGCCCAGUCGAAGGAUAACUAGAGAGCUGGACUCUUGAUUUCUUUUUUUCUUACACAUGUAGCUACUCUGAAAGAAUAUCGAUGCUCUACUCAUCCUAUGCUGAAGUCGCAAUGCGCUAAUGAAAGC